GGCAAACCGCCCGUCUUUGAAAUUCACUUCAUCACCACCACCUUUGUCAUCGUUCCAGCAAGAGCCCACUGCUCAAGAACCUGCACUUUCUACAGAGCGUUUCGCUGCCAUACACGCCACUACCCGAAAGCUCCUCCGUUCUUCCGUCCAUUCCUGAAAGGCACCUCCCGCGCAAUUGUCGAGAUCCUACGCCCCAUUUGAUCAAUCUCACGACUGGUGACAUCAAAAGCACACACCUACCAACAUGAGCCUCGCACGAUCACUCCGAGGCUCGUGUGCCUGCAACAGGAACCAGUACCUCAUAAAAGCCCCUCAGGAUGCUAGGGAGGUGGCACAGGUGCACUUUGGGACCGAAGCAUCUCAUCGUCUCGCCCAGGCUAGUCUCCUGUCGGCACACCUUCGUAUCCCUCUGAACUGGUUCUACUCUGCGACCGUGGCCUACUUCCCGGACGAGACCGCCAACACCAUCCGCCGCGUGUACGAGAGCCCGGCCGAGAACCACGCACGCCGCCAGUUCUGCGGCUACUGUGGCACACCACUCACCUUCUGGACCGAGCAGCCGCACGGCGAGGGUGACUACAUCCACGUCACCCUGGGAUCCCUAUGCAGGGACGAUCUCGGCGACCUGGACGAGCUGGGCCUGAUCCCGGAGUCUCCGAGCAGCGAGGAGAGAGGAGGGGCAGGCGCAGGCGGCGGCUCGUCGGAACUGUCCGCCAGGGGUGGGGGUGGUGGUGGGGGUGGUCCCCUGGAGGCGGCUCAGCAGGCGAGCGAGGCCCAGCGCAUCUCUGCGGCGCUGUCGACAGCCGCGCAGCCAAUCGGCCGGGAGUCGCGCGGCAUCCCGUGGAUCGAGAGCCUCGUGGAGGGCAGCAGCCUGGGCGGCAGGCUCAAGCGGGCCAGCGUGACGCGCCGGAGUGCCGACGGCUCAGCCUGGGCCCAGUGGCACAUUAUCGAGUACAGCGACGACGGCCACGACCAGGUCGAGAGCAGCGAGCAUGACGGUCCGCCGUCCGGUAACAACGGGAAGCGGAAGCUGGCUGACAGGGACGACGUGCAACAGUAAAUCCGAGUUGGGGGGUACGGUUGGCCUACUGCGCACGUAACAUGGCCUUUUACGAUACAUUACAUCCUGCCUCCAAUCAUGGCCAUGCCUGAUGUGGCGCACGGCCAUAGCGUCAUGCUGUAUCCUCGCGAAGCACAACCAAAGCCGGCACGGCAGAUGCCUGGCGGCCGGUGUCGAAAAUCAGGGCCGACGGCACGUCUGUGCCAUUGCAUAUAAGGGGAGGUUCAUAGGCGUUAGAGGGCUCGAGGAAGGUGAUAUUUUUCAGGAAGGUAGGAGUCCAUUCAGUCUUGACAGUGAGGCUGAUGUGAUGGACCAAGUGUAGAAAAUGGAAAAUAAAGGGUAGGGGGUGUGAGACAGAAUGACACGGGGAUUUUGGUACGGACGACCGGGCCACAACGGGACAUGGGCCAUAGAGCUAGCAGAUGCACCAUAAUAGCGAAGUUUUUGAGCAGCUAGAGCUAGAGCACGAGAACAAAAAGAAGGUAAAAGCAA